UGCGGGUGCGAAGAGAAAUAACCAGUCCUGCUGCCGAUUCAGGGAGCCAGGCGUGCAGUGUCCAUUUAGCACAACGAUACACAGAGGCGGUGUGUAACACUGAUAUUCUGUGCUACAGUGAAGACCUCGGUUACUGCCAUUCACUGGACCGAAGAUUAGUCACAGACUUCAGAGCAACCAUGGUAACUAUUUUGCCUCCUCCAAUGCGACAUCGCUCCAUGCGCAUUUUCAUGAACGAUGACCGUCACGUCAUGGCCAAGCAUUCGGCCAUCUAUCCAACUCAGGAGGAGCUGGAAAGUGUACAGAACAUGGUGUCCCACACCGAGCGUGCCCUCAAGUCUGUGUCUGAUUGGCUCGAUGAACAGGAGAAGGGCUUGUCCAAGUCGGAAUCUGAUGGAACAGAUGCUGAUAAAGAGGGUGAACACAAGGAGCAGGCCACCCGUUCCCUGCGUGGUGUGAUGAGGGUGGGCCUCGUUGCCAAAGGCUUACUACUUAAGGGAGAUUUGGAUCUGGAACUGGUGCUGCUCUGUAAGGACAAGCCCACCAUCACUCUACUGAAGAAGGUGUCAGAUAACCUUGCUGUGCAGCUUAAGGCAAUCACAGAAGAUAAGUAUGUGGUAACCCAGCACAUCCGUGACGCCACUAUCGUCAUAAAGAACACCAAGGAGCCUCCCCUCAGCCUCACUAUCCACAUGACAUCCCCGCUGGUCCGUGAGGAGGUGGAGAGGAUCGCUGCAGGAGAAACGCUUUCAGUCAACGAUCCCCCGGAUGUUCUGGACAGGCAGAAAUGCCUAACUGCCUUGGCGUCUCUCCGCCACGCCAAGUGGUUCCAGGCCAGGGCCAACGGGCUGCGCUCCUGUGUCAUCGUCAUCCGCAUCCUGAGGGACCUGUGCGCCCGCGUCCCCACAUGGGCUCCGCUUCGUGGCUGGCCACUGGAGCUGCUCUGUGAGAAAGCCAUUGGCACAGGGAACCGGCCCAUGGGGGCAGGAGAAGCUCUGCGCAGAGUUUUAGAAUGCCUGGCUUCAGGAAUCCUCAUGGCAGAUGGUUCUGGAAUCUGUGAUCCAUGUGAGAAAGAGCUGACAGAUGCUAUUGCUCACCUCAGCCGCCAGCAGAGAGAAGACAUUACACACAGCGCACAGCAUGCCUUAAGGCUGUCUGCUUUCGGACAGCUUCACAAAGUGCUUGGAAUGGAUCCCCUCCCCUCUAAGAUGCCCAGGAAACCGCGGAGUGAGACCCCUAUUGAUUACACAGUGCAAAUUCCACCAAGUACAACCUAUGCACCUCCAAUGAAGAGGCCCAUUGAGGAAGAGGAGGGAACUGAUGACAAGAGCCCUAACAAGAAGAAGAAAAAGCUACAGAAGAAAUCCCCAGAGGAGAAGGCUGAGCCUCCUCAGGCCAUGAAUGCUUUGAUGCGGCUCAACCAGCUGAAGCCUGGUCUGCAGUACAAACUGAUAUCUCAGACGGGCCCUGUCCAUGUUCCAGUCUUCACUAUGGCUGUAGAUGUGGAUGGCAAGACCUUCGAGGCCUCUGGCCCAUCCAAACGCACUGCCAAGCUGCAUGUAGCUGUCAAGGUCCUGCAGGACAUGGGCCUGCCCACAGGAGUGGAGCUCAAGACUGCUGAGCCGGCAAAACCAGAGGAGGCUGCGGCAGCAGCAGCUGCCACUGUUGAAGAAUCAAAACCAGUAAUCACACCGGCUGAAACGACCACAGCUGCAACAGGAACAGUCAAAGUAGAGCCCACUGAUGCUGUAGAGACUGCUCGCCAACAAGGACCAAUCCUGACUAAACAUGGCAAGAACCCUGUAAUGGAGCUGAACGAGAAGCGCCGUGGCCUGAAGUAUGAGCUCAUCUCAGAGACUGGUGGCAGCCAUGACAAGCGCUUCGUCAUGGAGGUUGAGAUUGAUGGCCAGAGGUUCCAGGGGACAGGGUCCAACAAGAAGGUGGCCAAGGCGUACGCUGCCCUGGCUGCUCUGGAGCGGCUCUUCCCUGAGGGCUCUGCGACUGAGGCAGCUAAAAAGAAGAAAGGACCACCCAUGCAUACACCAGGGUUUGGCAUGAUGGGAGGCCCAGCAGGUGGAGAUGUGUCCAGCCCCAGAGGCAGAGGGAGAGGUGGACGGGGCCGUGGAAGAGGCAGAGGCUUCAAUAAUGGAGGAGGUUAUGGCCAAGGUGGCUUCGGAACCUACGGAUACGGAAGCAACGCUAACUCUGGAUACAAUUACUACAACAAUGGUGGCACAAAUGGAGGGACUGGGGCGUCAGGUACCCCAUCAGGUGGCCCUCCAUCCAGCACAACACCAGGAUCAGCGCAGGGUUCGUAUGGCUCGUACUAUCAGCAUGAUGGAUCCUACUCCGCCACCUCCUCGGCCGCAAAAAACCCCAAUAAGAAACCUCCUAUGCACCAGGGAGGGAAGGCGCCCUUUCCAGGUCCCCCAGGUGUGAGUGGUGGCUCCUCAGGGGGCUACCAGUCCAACACUCCCUCAGGUCAAGGGUCUUAUAACCAGUAUGGCCAGGGCUAUGGGCAGGGCAAGAAGAAUUUCUCCCAGAACCAGAGCCAGGGGGGAGGAGGUGGAUACUCGUACAGCACUGCCUACCCGAGCCAGGUGACCGGGGGAGCAGGAGGCAACCAAGACUACAGUUAUGAAGGCUACAACAACCAGUCGAAUUACAACUCACAGGGAGGUGGCAACCAGGGUUUUGGCACCAACCAGUACCACAAUCCAGUGGGCUAUGGCAGAGGAGACCCUGGCAUGAACUACCAGUACAGAUAGACUGUUGAAUCCGUCUCUGCUUCAUAGUUGCUGUUGAUGCCACCGUUGGCGCCAAGCACCCUCCAUCAGUGUCUCAAGCCUUCUUCUCCAAAGAAAGCAGUCGGUGGCUAGCCUGUGCUCUAUGGCUUUUCCAUGUUUGCUUCUUAUGUGCUUUUGGGUUUAUAUGUUGCAAAUGUGGGCACAAUAAGAAAAAGUCUGGACUUCUUAGUUGUCAGAGCUGAAUUUGUGGCUGAAUUUAGUGGUCUGUUUCAGUGGUCUGGUCAGUGCUUAGUCUUGUGUUUAGGUUAUUGUUCUUUUUUUUUUAUUAUUUUUAUUUUUUUAUCCCACCAAUCCCUGUCCUCAUCACUAACUGUGAAGGGUGAUGCUGCGAAUUACUCACUCACUAGCUCUGACUUGGUUUCCGUACUGUAAGGACUACUAUGAGUUGUGUAGCAACGGCUACUUUUGUGUUGUGCGACAAGCAUAAACUACGAACACUUGUAGUUCUCAACUACUGAGGAUUGUUGUAUUUUUUUAACAAUACAAAAGGCCUGAGAACUGCUUGCCCUUUUGUUUUUCCUUUUUCUUUUUUUCUUAAUUGCUUGUAAUUUUGGCUUAUUUUGUAAUAUUUUACCUUAUGUGAUGUCACUUAUUUUAAUAAAUCCUUUUGGAGAUUACUGGAAAGACAUUUACAUUACUGAUGUCAAACCCACAUUUCUGCUCAAUGUAGCCUUUUGGUUGGAUGGGUGGUUUUCUGUUCAACAGUGUACAAGAGUGUGUUUGUAUCAAUAAAGGAUUUUUAUUUUGAA